AUGCAGGGCCGAAAUGAUUUGUACCAACACAAGAUGAUGAUGACUGGAACUUGGGACGACGAGCUGAUUGCAGUCAAGAUUGAGAUUCCGUCCAUGAAUGUUAAACUGAAGUUGAUUUACGAAAAAGCUUCCAUUGCUGUUAACAGCAAAGCUCAUGUCUACGUCAAACCUGAACUUUCAAAGAUCUUCAAUUGCAAGAAAAUAAUUCAGGAUCUCGGAAACACAACAUGCUUUGAUUACGAGGCUUUCGAGAUUACAAACCCUGGAUUAAUACCCCAGAUGUGGAACUUCACAGUGACAGUAAUGACUCGGGUGCAGGACGGUACGGUGGAAUUGACCUCUUGCAUAUGGAAGAAAUGCAUCAUGGUCUCAAGGACAGUGACUGGCAAAGUAUGGAAUGGACUUGAAGACAUCUGGAUCGGAAUGGUAAAUUGGGCUCGCGGAAAAGUCGCAUGGCUUUCAGGCUUGACGUGGAACGGUGCGCGGUGGCUUGGAAAAUUGUUGUGGAGGUGUGCCGAGUGGUUGGCUGAGGUAAUCUGGAAUGGAAUUCAAUGGUUAGCUGAGGCUAUCUGGACUGGACUUCGAUGGUUGAUGGAUUUUACCAUAAAUGCAACAUAUUCGUUCGCCAAGAUGAUCCAAAAUAUGUCAGCUGAGCUGACCAAGAUGAUGACUAACGGAGUUAUGUGGAUUGUUGAACCGUUUGUUCCUGUCGUCUGCUAUAUAACUGACGUUGCUGUCGAGUUUUACUUUGGUUUCCUCCGUGAACAUGUAAUACAUAUUCAAGCUCGCUUUGAUUUCUUGUCUUGGCAAGAUGGCGUCUAUGCUGUCUUCGCUGGUUUGGCUGUCACUGUCGCCUUCCUGGUUGCUGGUUUUGUCGUGUACCGAUUAUGUGUACGAAUUGUGAAAUACAUCGGACGGAAAUGGCAAGAGUACAAGGAAAGAAAGGCUGCUGCUAAUAUGCCACCUAAACCUGACAAACCAAUAUGGCAGCCGAAACGAAAGCUUAAGAAAAAGAAGAGAAUUGACGACUGGUAG